GUACGUACGGGAUCCAGAACGGAUAUCACCCACCCGACAGUUCACUGUUCGGUUGGUACGUAAUCCACAUGACUCAUAGGGUGGAUUAUCGAUUCUUGUGUUCUGCAUUAAACUAUUUAUAGUUUAAGGGCCUGGCGACAAGAGCAGAAAGUGAAUAACACUUGAUCGAGUUGUCUGCAUAAGAGCAUGAGAAAGGCAUUUUCUUGUUUUAGCUAGUGGAGGCUAUCUCGUUCCUUCUCACUACAAUUUCUUUACAAAGACACAAGGAAUUGCCAACUACAUGUUGGGCUUUGGCUUCUUUGAGCAUUUGGAGUCCAUAACUUAAUUGACUAAAAGGAUGUACAUGUACUAGUAAUUUUAGCUUGGGAACGUUUGGAUUGGUCUAAAUUAAACCUAUUUUCAUCUAGGAAUAAAGUAAUGUUGGUCAAUGUUUUUUAUAUUUUGUAGCAGUAGUGAUUUGAAAUUUUUUGUAUAUCAUUAUGGGUGGGAUAUAAUCUUCCCACCCCUAUUUUAGGCUUUUAUGAUUGUUACCCAAGAUUUUUCUAAAAAGAAAUGAAAGAGACCAUCUCAUUCUAGAUAUUCCUUACUACCCACUUUAGUUUUUGGGAGGGCUGAUCUACGAGAAUGGUGGUGUCUUCCUCUCCGGCUUCUCAUUCAGAGAAAGAACUUGAGGAGGAGCUAAUAGAUUAUGGUAUUAGACUAAUUGCACACCCUUCCGAUGAGCUUCUUAGCAUCCUUGACAAAGUUGAAACCCUGCUAGUCCGGGUAGCUCAAGCCCCGCCUGAGACAAUGAAACUUGCACUCCAUCCAAUAAUGAAAGCAUUGAUUGGCUCAGAGCUUUUGUCACAUUCGGAUGAAGGCAUAAUUGUUUCAGUUGCGUUGUGUCUCAGUGAAAUAAUGAGAAUAACAGCCCCCCAACAACCAUAUGAUGAUGCUGUUAUGAAACAAAUUUUUCAGCACAUUGUAGAGACAUUUGAAAAGCUAUCAAAUAUGAAGAGUCACUGCUAUUCAAAGUCAGUGCAAAUUAUUGAAAAUGUUUCAAAGGUCAGGGCAUGUGUGAUGCUUUUGGACCUUGAAUGCGACACCUUAGUUAUUGACAUGUUCAAACUAUUUCUCAGAAUCAUCAGGUUCUCUCACACAAUUGAUGUAUUCAAAAACAUGGAAGACAUCAUGAUUUGGAUAAUCAAAGAAUGCGAUGAAGUUUCCAGGGAGCUGUUAAUGUCCCUUCUUGAUAGCAUCAAGAAUAAAAAUCAGAAAGCUUCAUUUGCUUCAUGGAAGCUGGGACGGAAUGUCUUGAAAACAUGCUCUUCCAUAGUCAGACCUUAUGUAGUAGAAGCAGUAAAAUCAAUGAGCCUGGAUAUUUCUCGUUAUGAUGUCAUACUUGCCUCAAUAUGCCAUGAAACGACAAAUGGAGAAAGUCUGAUUGAAAAUGAGAACACACCCCUCACAGAAAGCCCGGUGGCAAUAAUGGAAUCGCAACAGGAAGCCACUCCAAAACCGGUCGAUACAAGUAAUGGAAACUUCAAAUCUGAAAGUCGAUCAAAGACAAGACUCAAUUGGGAUCAAACUGAGCAUCUAAAAGAUACUGAGAGUCCAACAGAUCUGCAACAUCAUAGUUUAGAAGGUACACAACCAGGAACAAAUCUCAGCAGACGUCCAAGGAGAAGGGUUCAGAAGUCCUUGAGAAAACAUGACAACAACUAUGUUCAUUUUUUGGGGGAGUCAUCCUUUCUAUCAGAAGAUGGAAAGCAGAUAAUGCCUCAUAUGCUUUUCCCUGUAAAUAAAUCUGUGACUACUCCAUCAAAAGGUAUUGGAAAUGCUGAUAAAAAUUUUAGGAAAAUGGGAAUGCCAAAGAAAAAUCAGGUGGAGCUAUCUUCAGAAAAAGGAUUUCAAGGGAGUACUACCAAGGCAAAACCUAUGAGGGGCUCAAUAAAGAAAGAGCCCUUUGUCCAUAAUAAUGCUGAGAAUUAUCUUGGUACAGACAUUGUAAUUCACUAUUAUCAUUCUCAAGUUAACGGUAACAAAAAUUAUUUUGAAUUACCUCAUGAAAUGAAGGAGCAGGAAUAUUACUUUGUAGCCUUUGUCAAAAUGCUGUUUCAGGGGAGUCACCCUUGUUAUCAGAAGAUGGGAAGCAGACAACGCCUCUUAUGUUCUCCCUUGAAAUUAAAGGCACUGCUCAACCAGUUACUACUCCAUCAAAAGAUAGUGGAAAUGCUGUUAGAAAAUUUAGGAAAAUGGGGCGGCCAAGGAAAAAUCAGGUGGAUCUAUCUUCAGAAAAAGGAUAUGAAGGGACUACUACCAAGGCAAAAAUUAAGAGGGGCUCAAGACAAAAAGAGCCAACUGUCCGGUAUGACGAUGAAAACACUCUUGGCAGAAACAUUGUAAUUAAAACGGAAGGAGGAGAUUGUAGUGCGCAUAUUUCUUUCCUUCACAAAAAUGAUAAUAUCUCUAAGAAGACUGUCAAAACUAACUCAUCAGGCAAGAAGGCUAUGCGCAAUAAAAAGGUGGCUCAGGCUGAAGAACUGGCUGGUGCAAAGAUCAAUGUUUGGUGGCCUUUGGACCAUCAGUUUUAUGAGGGAAAGGUAGCUUCUUUUGAUCAUGUGAAGAAAAUGCACAAGGUUGUAUAUGAUGACGGUGAAGAAGAAAUUUUGAAUCUUGGCAAGGAACGGUGGGAAAUGAUUAAAGAGCUUCAACCUGAUGAAGGAGAUGAGGAAGAAAAGAAAAGGGAAAUCUCCAAGAGAACAAACCAACAACAUUUCAGAGACAAAAAGGUCUAGACGCAAUGUGAAACAAUGCACUACAGUUAAAGUCGAGCAGAACAACACAACGAGGCAAGAUGUGCUUGUGGAGGACGAAUAACCAUUGUUCUUAAACCCCUAAACAGGAAAAUUUGGUGAGAAUGGGUAUGUAAACUCCUUGUUCUUUGUCUUGCAUUGGGCCUGUGAAUAUUCUUGAUUUCGCUGUAGGGGUAUUCUUGUUUAGUUUGAGUUGACACUUGAAAGAUAGCAUUCUGUUAUUUUAGCGUGGUGCUUCAAGCUAUUCUUCAAAGAUAUCAUAAAGGUAUAAAAUGGAU